GGGAGCGCCGGUGAGGGCGGGUGCCUGGGGGUGCCCUCUCGCUAUGGAGCCGGAGAGCGGCCUCCACGAUGCGGCUGCAGAAAUCAAAAGUGGACGAGAAAAACAAGUUUGGUAUUUGAAAAUAUCAAAACUAGCAUUGGCUUUUGCAAUUAUCCACUCAAAACCACCAGGGAAGAGUUGCAAAGAAUACGCUGAGCACCUUGCCAAAACUGUAUCUGAACAAGAUUUUAGAUGGAAAUCAAAAGUUGAAGUGCUAGAAGCUGAAGUUCUUCGAUUACGUCAGGAACUUCUCUUGAACAAGAUCUGCCCAAAAUUCUCCUUGGAGAACAGGAAACCAGAUGCCUCUGCUGAGACUGUUCUGGAUCAGGAAUGUAUAAACCCUGUGAGUUACUCAAGCCAGCUAGAAGACUCUGGAUGUGAUGUCUCUAAUGACUUUGCAUUUGAUUCUUUAGGCACAGCUUCUGAUUUUUGCCAAUCUGAGCAAAAUGUCAACACUUCUAAGUGUUGGUUGGAAACAGUUCCUCCCUUAAAUCUUUGCUGUACUGGCAAGGAGGGAUCUCUGACUACUCCAGUGCAGUUUUUGCAGCAUCUGCUUGAAAUAAGAAAACUGUCAAAGGGAGGAAUUCUACAAGCAGACUUCACAGUGCUUGACAACGAUUCUUCCACUGUAUGCAAAUCAGUGUCUCAGUUGCUUGAUGGAUUGACUAUUUUUUACAACAGUCCUAAAUUUCCAGUUUCAGCUUUUCUUACUGAGGCAGUUCAUGUUUUGAUCAGUUUAAUAACUGAUACUCAAUUAUCCAAUCAUGUUCUGAAGAAAUGUUUCAAGAAGCUGGAAGAAUUUAAUAAAAGUCUGAUUCAGAUUAUUUUAAGAAACGGCAACAUCAAUAGGUUUCAGACACUACAAACUGUAUCACACACGCUGGCCUUGCUAGGAAGGAACAACAUACUAAGAAAUUCUUUAAUAUCUCUUCUACUGUCAGAAUUACGUCAGUUUGCUGAGCAGCUGUUGCAAGCUCAUCAGAUCGAGGCCAUGUAUGACAUUACACGGUAUGAGAAUAUUUUUCAUCUGUUCAUGAUACUGGAACAACUUCUUCAAAGUGGGACAGGAGAAAGUAACAGUUCAAGCUCAGACUUUGAUGGAGAAGAAAAAAUCAGAUUUCUGAAGAACCUUGAUCAAAUGAUUCUUCACCUCUCGGAUGAAUUCCCUUUGCUUUCUUUAUAUUUAUGGAGAGCGAAUGUUCUUUUGAACUCAUCUCAAAUACAAAUUGAUUAA